GAAAAUCUACUGGUAAAUCAAAACGGGUCCGACUCUCUUCCCGGGUCGGGCCUACAUAGACCUAGGUGUCCUCUCCCUUCCCUUCCCGGUCACCGCCGCCGCCCCUGAAGCCUCGGUUCCAACAGCCGCGCCGGCGACAUGACUCCUCCUCCGCCCAAAGAGCUGCCGGGGUUCUACUACGACCCGGAGAAGAACCGCUACUUCCCCAUCAGGGGCCCCAUCCCCGGUGCCGCCACCCGCCGCCCUCCCCCUCCCCCUCCCCCAACUCCACCGCCCGCACAAGGAUGCAGCAGGAAGAGGGCGAGGCGGCCGGAGCUGCUCCUCGCCAGGGAGAUGUACGGCGGCGGGGUGAUCAUCUCCAACAAGACGACCAGGUCCACAUUCAAGCAGCAGUGCCAGUACGCGCAGGCGUCCCAGCCGAUGGUCUGGAAGUUCCAAGGCACGACCUUUGUGCCUGACAAGGCGCUGGAACAAUUGCACGCCAUGGUUCAGACACCGGAAGGAAUGAAGGAGUCCAGGAUACUAGUGACCGGCAGCAUGAAUGGUUCAAUUCGAUUAUAUGGAUUAGGGAGUUCCCUGAAUAACUUUGGGAACGAGAUAGAAUAUUUGCCCCAACCUGCUUGGACUCCCUUGGAAAAGCAGAAGGCAGGAAUAAAUUCGGCACUUCCGAGCAUCUGGUCAUCGGAAGAAGCCUUCUCAAACUUCUCAUCCAGUAUAACCUGUGUGAAAAAGUUUGGAUGCCACUUCCCUGAUGCAGCCAACACCAAUUCAUCAGUUCAGCGAGCAUUGGUGGCUACUCUUGGAUCUGGAGAAUCUGGUGGCUCUGUAUAUAUUAUGGAUUUUUCUGAUGCAAUUGACUCGUCAAUGGGAUCAUGGAAUGCCUAUAGAAGAAAUAUGCAAGUUGCUUCACUUGAUCGUACAGUGUGGACAGUUGAUUGUAAUUCUGAUGGUACACUGGCAGCUUUUGGUAUGGACCAUGGUGCCGGUUUGCUCGAUUUGGAAACAACGGCAUUAUCAUGGUUAUGUCGCUCUAAAAGUGACAUUCUUUCCCUGAUAUUUGUGCACUCGGGAAAUGUGGUGCUAUGUGGUCUACGGAAUGGAAGUAUAACCCCUGUUGAUGUACGGCAAAAGCACCAUCAUCAUCCUACUGGACUAGCUUCACCUACCACUGCUAGGAGGACAGUUCCCAUGCUGUCCACAAGGCGUGAUGGAAGAUGGAGAAACCAGGCUGAGAAGGCAAAAUGUUCAAGAGUUAUUUCUAUGUCCUCGGCAGUUUGCAGCUUGGUUGCUCUCUCAUCAGAUGAGAACUACUUCUUAGGAAGCUCCAUGGAUGGAUCUAUCAAACUCUUUGAUCUCCGUCUCAUUCAGAAUGGAGGUAUACAGUCGUAUGAGGGGCAUGUGAACUCACACACACAUUUACCACUUGUUGUUGAUCCAUCCGAGACCUUACUUAUGUCAGGUGGGGAGGACUGCACUGUUCGCAUCUGGAGCAUCAAAACAGGCGAGCUAAUAUUUGCACACAGCGUGACUGAUACUCUCUUCACGGCACUUUGUUGGCCAGAAAGCAGCCGUGGCUCUUUGCUGUUUGAUCUGAACCACAGCUGGGGAGCUUGGUUGGGAUCACGUGACGGCUUGUUUUAUAUGCACGGUACUUAGGUGGUUGUGCACUAGUACUGACUUGGAGCCCUGGAGGAAAUGGUGGCUGUAUUCUCAAAGAAGUAUCAGAGGCGAUUGAAAUCUGUUGUUGCAUGAAGGAGUUUGAAGAAUUUUUUUCUCGAGCUGCCAUGACGGCAGAGUAUACUGGUGUUGCUGGUGCUGUUCUCUGAGGAAGAUAAUUUUUGGAAGUCGACGUUACCUAGGAGAUCUGCACUUUAUAGUCAUCGGCCAUAUUGUUCCGUUGUUUGUCUUAGUGAUAGGUAGGUCAGCUGUCUAGCUAGGAACCAGGUUUUCGUUCAGACAAUAGGCCGUAGUGUGCCAUAUGUUUUGUUAAGAUGGUAGUUCAGUGUACCGUAAAAGGGAAUGGAAUAGUCAUGAUGUCUCUUGCAAGUCAAUACUUUUGUUGGAAUCU